GGCGAGGGCUGGCGGCUGACACAUCUGCACGGACGCGGCGCAUCUGCUCGGAGGAGAACUGCGGCCGGGGUCGCCCCCCGUCGGCGCGCGCCCAGCCAGGCUGCCGGCAGACACGCGCUCUGCCGCCGCCCCCGGCUCCCCAAGGGUCCCGCAUCCGGAAAGCGAGCCUGGCGGCCCGGUGCGACCCCCUGCACGCCCCAUGCCGGCCCUCCUGCUCCUCGUACUCCUGGCCUCUAGCGCCGGCCAGGCCGGGGCGCGCCCAUCCAACGCCACGAGCGCCGAGCCCCCGGGCCCGCUGCCCGCCCUGCUGGCGCACCUGCGGCGCCUGACCGGGGCGCUGACUGGCGGCGGGGGCGCGGCGAGCCCGGGCGCCAACGGCACCAGGACCGGCUCCGCGGGCGGGGCGGGCGCGGCGGCCCGGGCGCCCCCUCCCGCCGAGCUCUGCCACGGCUACUACGAUGUCAUGGGCCAGUACGACGCCACGUUCAACUGCAGCACCGGCUCCUACCGCUUCUGCUGCGGCACCUGCCACUACCGCUUCUGCUGCGAGCACCGCCACAUGCGCCUGGCGCAGGCCUCCUGCUCCAACUACGACACGCCGCGCUGGGCCACCACGCCGCCGCCGCUAGCCGGGGGCGCCGGUGGGGCUGGGGGUGCCGGCGGGGGACCAGGCCCCGGCCAGGCCGGGUGGCUGGAAGGGGGCCGGGCGGGGGGAGCCGGGGGCCGCGGGGGCGAGGGCCCCGGGGGCAGCACAGCCUACGUCGUGUGCGGGGUCAUCAGCUUCGCCCUGGCCGUGGGCGUCGGCGCCAAAGUGGCCUUCAGCAAGGCGUCCCGGGCCCCGCGGGCGCACCGGGAGAUCAACGUGCCCAGAGCUCUGGUGGACAUUCUGAGGCAUCAGGCGGGGCCUGGGACCCGUCCGGACCGGGCCCGAAGCAGCUCCCUGACCCCUGGGAUCGGUGGCCCCGACAGCAUGCCCCCCAGGACGCCCAAGAACCUCUACAACACCGUGAAGACCCCCAACCUCGACUGGCGAGCCUUGCCGCCGCCCAGCCCCUCCUUGCACUACUCCACGCUGUCCUGCUCUCGGUCCUUCCACAACCUCUCGCAUCUGCCCCCGUCCUACGAGGCUGCCGUGAAGUCUGAGCUGAAUCGCUACUCCUCCCUCAAGAGGCUGGCCGAGAAGGAUCUGGACGAGGCCUACCUCAAGCGCCGGCCCCUGGAGUUGCCCCGCGGCACGCUGCCCUUGCACGCGCUGCGGCGGCCGGGCACCGGGGGCGGCUACCGCAUGGAUGCCUGGGGCGGCCCAGACGAGCUGGGCCUGGCGCCGGCGCCCAACCCACGGCGGGUCAUGUCCCAGGAGCACCUGCUGGGUGACGCUGGCCGCUCGCGCUACGAGUUCACGCUGCCGCGCGCGCGCCUCGUGUCGCAGGAGCACCUGCUUCUGUCUUCGCCCGAGGCCCUGCGCCAGAGCCGAGAGCACCUGCUGUCGCCCCCGCGCAGCCCCGCGCUGCCCCCAGACCCCACCGCUCGGGCCAGCCUGGCCGCCUCGCACUCCAACCUGCUGCUGGGGCCUGGGGGCCCCCCAACGCCCCUGCGUGGGCUGCCGCCACCGUCCAGCCUGCACGCCCACCACCACCACGCCCUGCACGGCUCGCCGCAGCCCGCCUGGAUGUCAGAUGCCGGCGGGGGCGGGGGCACGCUGGCCCGCAGGCCGCCCUUCCAGCGCCAGGGCACGCUGGAGCAGCUGCAGUUCAUCCCGGGCCACCACCUGCCGCAGCACCUGCGCACUGCCAGCAAGAACGAGGUGACUGUCUGAGGCCAGGGCCGGGGCUGGGGGGCUGCGGCUUCCCGGGCCCCUGUCCCAGCCUGGAUCCCCCGACACAGGCGCACACACGCCAGGGGCCUGGGGCCCAGAAAGGUCCUUGGACAGGAGUCAAAGCCUCCUUCCAGGAUGACCUGGUAGACAAGAUUCCUCCUCCUAUUACGUCACUGCUUGAGCCAAGGCCUCCUUCCCAUGAUGUCAUCCCAGAGGAAGAGGCUGGCCCAUGAGGUCAUCGCUGGAGGCCAUGUCCGUGUUCUAUGAUGUCCUCAGAGGCCUCCUUCUUGUGGUGUAGUAACAGAGACGACGCCUUGUCCCAUGACAUUCGUUCCUGUGAUGUCACUACAGAGACAAUCUCACCUGAAUGAUGCCAUCUCUAACUCCAAGGCCUCUUGGCAUCAUCGCCAUGGGGAAGAAAUUUUCUCCCUGUGUCUUUGCAGCAGAGAAGAUGCCUCUGUCCUAUGAUGUCAUCAUUACAGACAAAGCCAUCUUCCUGGGACGCGCCACAGGGGAAAAUGCCUCACUAAUUGUGUACUCACUAGACAUAAGGCCUCCUUUUCACAACAUUGUCACAGGGACCCUGCCUCCUUCCUGUGAUGCCAUCACCAGAGAAGGUGCCUUGCCCUAUGACGUCAUCAGAGGGACCGUGCCUCUUCCCGUGAUGUCAUCACCAGAGAUGACAACUCACUCUGGGACCUCUCCAGGAGGAGGUCCCUUCUGCGAUGUCACCCAGAUGCUACGUGCUCUGAGACGGGACGAGGAGAUGCCUCCACUGCUCCCACCAUGUAGAAGGCAAGGCAGGCCCAGAGUCCAGGACCACCCCAGGGAAGAUAUCAGAGAGCAGAGAGGGGCCCUGUCCAAGGAUGUUGUCUGAGGGAAGCACCGCUGCAGAGCCGCCCACGUGGAGGGCGUCCUUCAGAGAUGAUGGUCUGUGUAGGCUGUUGGCAGUGAUCCCCCUGCCCCCAGGGCUGUGAUGGCAUCACCAGAGCUCCCUCCUCAGAGGCACUGCCCACUCUGGAAGGCCGUCGGUAUUGAUGGUGUCACCAGAGUUACUGCCUUGACCCACCAUGACUUAGCUUGGUCGCUCCCUCCCCAGACCCCAGGGACAUACACAGCAGGAUCUCUGCCAGACCCGCUGAGGGCAAAUGGGGCUUGGAUCCCAUGCCUGUGCAGUGACUCCUGGGAAACAGAACCUGCAGGUGGCCUUCUGCUCCCAGGAAGCCACUCUGGAUCACCAGGAUCCUGGAGUCCUGGCACUCAUAGGUGUCCCUUAGCCUGGCCUCACUCUUCUUUCUGCCAUAUCUACAGACAAUCACUCUGGCAACAAAGUCCUAGCCUUCUAUUGGGGGGAGGUGUUUGCAGUGCACCUAUUCUUGCCCUCGCUGACAUUGUCAGCACCACACAACACCCGCUGCUCAUGAUGGCACUGCACCCGGGGUCAAGUGUUACCCAUGCCUGAGGAUGGAAUCCUUUCCUAGGAUUCCCUACGACCCACAGCUAUGGUAUCAUCCCCUUCCAUAAUUUACCAUAACUAAUGGUAUCAUCAUCUCCCAAGACUCCCCAUAGCCAAUGGUGUCACCAUCCUCCAUGAUUCCCCACAAUCAUGGUGUCAUCAACUUUCAGGAUCCACCACAGCUGAUGGUGCCAUCAUCUCCUAGAUCCCACCAUGACCAAUGAUGACAUUACCUUCCAGAAUCCACUAUGCCUGACAGAGACAUUCUCUACUGAAAUCCACUAGGACUGACGAUGCUACCAUUUCCCAUAAUCCCUCAUGUUGUGGUGUCAUCACCUCCCAUGAUGGAACCAUGGUAUCAUCUCCUCCCAGGAUCCACUCAACCAUGGUGUCAGCAUAUCCCAGAAUUCAUAACACCUAAUAGUGUCAUGAUUAUCUACAAAGACUCAUGAGAGCCAUGUGUCAUCACCUGCCAGAUCUGCUUUAACCAUGUGUCUUCAUGUCCCAGGAGUUACCGUAGCUAUUGUGUUAUCAAUUAUCAGGAUCCACUCCAACCAACCUCCCAAGACCCACGAUGCCCAAUAGUGUCAUCAUCAUUUGCAAGGAUCCAUGGGAGCCAUGGUGUCAUCAUCUCCGGGAAUCCACUUCAACCAUGUGCCACCACCUCCCAGGAUCCAUUUCACCUGCGGUGUUAUCACCUCCCAAGAUCCAUGAGAGCCAAUGGUGUCAUCUCCUAGGA